AUGCAAGGAAAGCGCCCAUUAAAAACGAGCCAGGGGCCCUCCAAAAAGCGUAAGAUCACGCACAGCAAGUCCUCACAGAGUGGGGGCAAGACCAAGGCCAAGGUCAAGGUAGCGAAAAAAGAGCGUGCAUCCGAGCAAAUAACCAUCCCUAUCCCUGAUCAAGGAGACGACUUUGAGCUCUCAGAUCAAGACUUGGAGUUGGUGAACGAGUAUGGCACUGGAGCGUCUUUCCUGGGCAGCCUGGACGAAAAGGGUAUUGCCAGGAGCAAAAAGGAGCAGGAUCGACUUCACCGUCUAACAAAACCUGCCCCUAAAUCCCGUGUAGACGACGACCUCCCGUCAAUAAAUUCUCACUCUGACGACGACGAAGCUUGGAGCUCUGGCAUAGACAAUGAUGCCCUCUCGAAAAUGACCUCGGACUCCGAGCUCUCAGAGGACGAAUCUCCUCCCAAACCUGUGCCUAGCAGCCUUCGUGCGCAACAAUACGAGUCUGAUUCGGACGUUGAAGCCUCCUACGAGGCCGUCCCGCGGAAACGUCGUUCGUCGUGGAACGAGUCCGACGAUAACCAGUUCAUAGAUCGUCUGCCCAUCAAACUCGCUGACGGCCGAAUACAAAAGAGCGGCGAAAAGGUCGUGAUCCUCACGAACGAGGACCACGAGGACGCGGAGACAGACAAGGAAUCAUCGGAGGACGAAAAAACAGAGCCCCCACAAAGGGUCGAAACCGUGGCCACAGGCGCUCGGUUUGGCCGCCCGGCCGUGCUCGAUGUCAUCGGCAAUAAGUCGAGGCAUCUGAGGAUUCAAGGGGCCAAGGAACAGAUAGCUGGUAUCUGUCAGGAAAUCGUGGGCGACCCUGAGAAUAGCCUAGGUCUCCUUCGACGCCUCCAUACGUUCUCGCUGACAGAAAUCUCCACUCCCGCGCAUCCCGAGCCCGUGCCAAACGAUCCUAUCAUCCGCAAGCUCGCCAUCCUGUCACAACUCGCCGUGUUCAAAGACAUCCUGCCGGGCUACCGGAUACGCGCGCUCACGGAUAUGGAAAAGGCGGAAAAGGUCAGUCAGAUGGUCGCGCGCACGCGGGAGUGGGAGCAGGGCCUAGUGGGAGUAUAUCAGUCAUACCUUCAGACCCUGGAGGCCGAGAUCAAAGCGAAGACAGACUUGGCAGACAGUGCCCUUCGAUGCAUAUGCACGCUUCUUGUCGACGUCACCCAUUUUAAUUUUCGCACGAACCUCAUGAGCGUCGUCGUCGCCCGUCUGAGCCGGAAAUCCUGGGACGAGGCAUCCGACCUGUGUCUGAACAGCAUCAUCUCUGUAUUCCGUGCAGACGAGACGGGCCUGGCGUCGCUGGAGAUCGUCCGCCUGCUGAAUCGCAUGAUCAAGGAACGCCGUUUCAACGUGCACCCGGACGUGCUCGCCUGUCUGCUCCACCUGCGCCUCAAAACCGAGCUCGGGGUUCGCGCAUCGGAAGCGAGAGUCGAACGGGAGGAUCGCUCGAACGGGCAAUCGUCCCAAAAAGGAAAGGGCAAAGGGAAGGCGAAGCUCCAUCUGAGCAAGAAGGGCAAGAAGGCAUUGAAGGAGAGAAAGGAAAUCGAAAAGGAACUGAAGGAGGCGGAAGCCGAGGUUGACAAGGAAGAGCGAUCGUCCCAUCAAACGGAGGCGCUCAAGCUGCUCUUUGUCCUCUACUUCCGAAUACUGAAGAACCCGGAUCCGACGCCGCUCCUGCCAGCGGCCCUCCGGGGCAUCUCCAAGUUCGCACACCUUGUCAGCAUCGACUUCUUCAAGGACUUGAUGAAGGUCCUCAAGGAACUCAUCGCGCGUGAAUCUCACGACGCCGUGGGCGACCUGACAUCACCACAUGCUCACAAGGGCGCGGGUGACGUCCGGCACAAACUUCAAUGCAUCGUGACGGCAUUCGAGCUCCUUUCAGGCCAAGGCGAAGCGCUCAACAUCGAUCUCAGCGAUUUCAUCGCCCAGCUGUACGCGAUCGUCCUCUCGUCCAGCCUCGCCCCCGACAUGGACUCCACGCCCGCGCCCGCGUUCAAGUCCGACGCGCCCUCGCCCUCAUCCUCGUACCAAUCCCAGUCCACCGCCGACCUCCUCUUCCGCGCGCUCCGCCUCGCGUUCCACCCGCACCCGUCCGCAGGCGCCGCGCCGCCCUGGCGCGCGGCGGCGUUCGCGAAGCGCCUGCUCACCGCCGCGCUGCACUGGCCCGCGCCGCGCGUGCUCGCGGCGCUCGCGUUCGUCGAGGAGCUGCUCGCGCGCGACCCGAAGCUCGAGGCGCUGCUGUCGACGGAGGACCGCGCGGUCGACGGCGUGUACCGCGCCGAGCUCGAGGACCCGCAGCUCUGCAACCCGUUCGCGACGAGCCUGUACGAGCUCCGCGUGCUCGAGGCGCGGCACCCCGACGCGCGCGUGCGCAAGGCCGCCGCGAAGCUCGCGCGGUUCAGGGCGUCCUAGCCCGAUGCGGUGGCUUGAUGUCCGGGGGGUGGGAUGGGGAUGGGGGCGUCGACAGCGCGCGCGUCUCGUGGGGGUCAUGUCAUGUACAUCAUACGUGGACCACUCUAUGUAAUACAUGCAUACGG